AUGAGCGCGACGAUAGAUUCACAACCAGCUGUCGAUCAGUUGAUCGAGCACGACGGAAAGUCAUACAGCACCAUCAAGGAAGGUCUGGCAUAUAUCUUGGUCCCACCGAACGCACGUACCGAGCAGGACCCAAAGUCGAAAGGAAAGAAGCACAAGGACGACGACAGCGAACAACAAGCACAAAGCGUCUUCUACAAUCCCAUCCAACAGUUCAAUCGCGAUCUGUCUGUCCUCGCAAUCAAGGCCUUCGGCGAGCACAUGUGCGCGAUUAGGAAGCAAGCACACGAUAAGAAGCUUGAACAAAGCGCCAAGAAGAGAGAACGAAAGAGACAGGCCGAGGACGACGCUGGAGAAGACAAGAGGAGGAAGNGAAAUGACGGCGCUGCGGUAGCUCCUGAAGUCCAGAGGGAUGCCGACGCAGAGACCACGACAACGGCAGGAGCUCAAGAAGCAGGUACAGAGGUCGAGAACGGCACCGACAAUGUCAAGUCGGACGAGGCACCCAAGGAAUACAAGUACAAGCCCAAGUUCCGCGUUCUGGAUGCUCUCUCGGCUUCUGGCCUGCGUGCUCUGCGCUAUGCUCAGGAGAUACCCUUUGCGACAACCGUCGUCGCCAACGACAUGUCACCAGCUGCUGUCGAAGCCAUUCGUCUCAAUGUCCAACACAAUAAGCUAACAGACAAGAUCACUCCAUCUACUGGCAACGCCAUCGGUCACAUGUACAACGCUGCCUACUAUACACCAACCNCCGAAGACGGCCCUUCUGCACACACCCAACUCAAGUACGAUGUCAUUGAUCUGGACCCCUACGGCACCGCUGCACCCUUCCUCGAUGCUGCCGUUCAAGCGCUGAACGACGGCGGUCUACUUUGCGUUACCUGCACCGAUGCUGGUGUCUUUGCUUCUUGUGGCUACGUAGAGAAGACCUACUCACUCUACGGUGGCACACCUCUCAAAGGGCCUCACUCGCACGAAGCCGGCCUUCGUCUAAUUUUGAACUCGAUUGCCAAGGCCGCUGCUGUGCAAGGUAUUGCUAUUGAACCUCUUCUGUCCCUCAGCAUCGACUUUUACGCUAGAGUUUGGGUGCGUGUCAAGAAGUCUCCCGCAGACGUCAAGUUCCUGGCUGGAAAGACCAUGCUUGUACACCAAUGCGAUACUGGCUGUGGUAGCUUCCAGAUCCAGCCUCUUGCAAGACACACCNCUCAGAAGAACUUCCUCAACUACAAACACACCGCUUCUUUGUCUACAGGCGACAGCAGAUGCCCUCAAUGUGGCUUCAAGACUCACGUUGCCGGUCCUAUGUGGGCUGGUCCCCUGCAUAACCCUUACUUCAUCCGUCGUAUUUUGGACAUGCUUCCUGCCCUGGACAAGUCUACUUACGGAACCACCACUCGCAUUGAAGGCAUGCUUACCUCCGCCCUAGACGAGCUUGAUACCUUGGAGAACAGCCUCCAAACAUUCAAGGGCGAGACUGAGGCUCCUUUCAUCCCCUCCAUCCCUGGCCAUGUCACCGAUCCUCACCCUUUCUUCUUCAUUCCUAGCUAUUUGUGUAAGGUUUUGCACUGCCAAUCCCCAUCAGAAGCUGCCAUCAAGGGUGCGCUCCGUCACGCUGGAUACAUCGCCACUCGCUCGCAUACCAAGCCUGGCACCAUCAAGUCUAACGCUAGCUAUGAUGCCAUCUGGGAGAUUAUGAGAGAGUGGAGUCGCCAAAAAGCACCCGUGAAGGAGGGCAAGGUUGGUGAGACUCAAGCUGGUUACAAGAUCCUACAGAAGAUGAGAAAGGUAGAUCCAGCCGAGGAGAAGGCUGACGGCAAGGAGAACGAAGAGAAUGAGGAGGAAGAGCCUGCAACGCAACCUCCUGCCGAUAUUUUCAAGUUCAAGAUCAAGUUUGACGAGAGUCUCGGCAAGGACUAUCACAGCAAAAAGCUCAUGCGUUAUCAAACCAACCCGCGGGCAAACUGGGGUCCUAUGAGCCGUGCCAAAGGUGCCAGCUAG